CACCUGUCAGCCUUUAUUCCCUCCACCAGUUUAGCUGAUUAGCGCCGGCGACCAACCAGGUGUCUCAUCGGGGUUUGCUGUUACGUUUUUAUUUAAAACAGGAAGAAGCUCAGGCUGUCUUUCUCUGCUUAAAGAAGCUUUUCCCAGGUGAUGGGGGACCCUCGGCCCUUGAUGGAACAGCUGCUGGCUCUGGUUCAGCAGAGGAUCAAUAUAGAAGAGAGCAGCAUGGCUGUAGAGCGAGAGUUCUGUGAAGUGGUGAAGAACUUUGAGGCAGUGAGGAAGAGCUGGCAGCAAGCAGAGCUGGAGCUGAAGAAGCACAAAGAGCUGCUGGUGAAGUCUGACGUGGCCAAAGCUACUCUAGAGAUCAAACUCAAACAUGCUCGGAACCAGCUGGACGUGGAGAUGAAGAAGCGAUACAAGAUGGAGGCUGACUACCAUUAUCUGAAGAGGCAGAUGCAGCUCAUGUGUGACAUCGUGGUCCAGGACAGGAAAUCCAGCGCCUGUCUGAAUGAUGAGCAAAAAUCCCUCUUGGCCACAUUGGAGCACCGAGGAGGCAACACCACACUUCAUAGAAACAGCAAGCGCAGGCUGUCGGUGAUCGACGAGUCGUCCUUCCUGUCUCACUCUGACAUCAGCUACGAUCGUACUGACGACGACGUGGACUUGGACACAGCGAUGAUCAAACCUCUGAGGUCUCGAGCCCGAGAGCGGAGGCGCUCUUCCAUGGGCCCGGGGGUUGGAGGUCCAUUUGUGAAGCGGAGCAGAAGUGGAAAUGUGUCUGCAGAGCUUCAUGAGAAGAACAUGGUUGAGAAGGAGGUAGAGUCCACUGUGAAGGCAUCCGUGACCACUCCACAUAGAGGACAGAUCCACAUGGUUCUGGGAAUUACACAGGAGAGUCCAGAAGACCCGGUUCGAUCAGUCACCCAGGAAUGUGCCAUCUCAGUCGGGGGAGGAGGAGAUAAGACGUCCUUGUGGAGUUCUAACAACGAGGCCUUGGUGGCGCUUGAUGUUCCUGUGAAGGACCGAGACAUUUCAGCUAUCGCUCCACAGAAGAUCUCCGCACAUGUGUUUCUGUCUAAAACGGUGAUCCGGACAGAGACAUGCGUGCCGUGUGGAAAGAGGAUUCGCUUUGGGAAGAUGGCUGUGAAGUGCAGGAACUGUCGCCUGGCUGCUCAUCCAGAGUGCCGACAGAAGUUCCCAAAUGGCUGCUCUCAGGGGCGGUCCUAGCCUGCUGGGCGCCCUGGGCCAACAAUACCCCCUCCACCCGCUUCGGCAUCACAAACAAAUAAAGAUAGAGAUACUUUUAAUGUAUAAAAUAAAAAAAAUUUACACAGAUGACAUAAAAAACAAGGCAUUUCUAAAAUCUACCAAUAAAAAGCAUUUAUGGAAA